AUGAGUGAAAGAUCGAAAGAAAACAUUUUUGAGGAGCAAGAUAAACAAAUUAUUAAAACUACUGAAGAAAUUAUCGAGAGUAAUUCGAAAGAUCAAAGAAAACGUUGUCAAAAGUUUAAAGAGGAGCGAAUAACUGCAAGCCUCAAAAAAGUAGUUAAAGAAGAAACUACGUUUCAAACACCCGAAGCAAUUACUUCAAUUAAACAAGAUGCUGAACUUCCUGAAAGUGAGAAACACAAAAAGACGAAUGGAAAAAAGAAACGAGAAUAUUAUGCUACAAUUCGUUUAGGAUAUCAGGAAUCGCUUCUUCCUCAAGAUCUGAAACAGCAAAUCGAAUCUGAUAAAAUGUUCGAAGUUAUGAAAGCUGUAAAUAAAAUUAUGUUCAAGAUUGUUUCCUACUUAACAGUUUUGGCAUUCUUCAUCGUAAUUCCAUUCUUGAUGGUUUCAUUCGGUGUAACGUAGUUAACAGAUUGUCCAGCUCAGAAUAACGUGCCAAUAUUUUGAUAAUUGGGGGUUUGAGAAUUUUUAAUCGAGACCAUAUAAGCAUAUUUUCAUUUCUAUAGAAGCGUGCAGCGGGUGUAUAAUUGAAUUAUGAUCGAGACCAUACUUUGCCACUAUUCGAUCUGUAGAAAAUUUUAAAAAACGGAAGACAUAUUUAAAGUUUCCUCUUAUAACCCUACUCAUAUUUUUGUUGUCUUGGUUUAUUUAAGGUUGCGUGUGGGUGUACGAAAUGUAUCCACCCGUUUACGACGAUAAAUACGAUGAGCAAUAUUGCAACAAGAAACUAUACCU